AAUGUUAUCAGUUUUACUAUAGUGCUUCAUAUUGUACUUGCGAUUUGAAAUAAUUAGGUGUUUUUUAAUGCUCGCAAAUCCAGCCACAAACAAAAAUGUUCACUAGUUUAGAAAAAUUCGGUUUAGUGUGUAUUUCCAUUGUAGGGUUUCAAGUUUUCCGAUUUUUAUUUCGAACUCUCUACAAUAAUUUUUUGGCUGUCGCGUUGAAAAUAAAUGCAGUUGAUGUUAAAGAAACAGGAAGUUGGGCAGUUGUGACCGGCGCUACUGAUGGAAUUGGCAAAGCCUACGCUGAGCUCUUGGCCAAGAAGGGCCUAAACGUGGUCCUCAUUUCGCGGACUCGUGAAAAACUCGAAAAAGUCGCCAAUGAAAUAGCGUCAAAAUACCAAGUGGAGACGAAAAUAAUCGAAGCUGACUUCACACAAACCGAGCCCAUUUACAGCCACAUCGAUAAGCAAUUAACCGGCUUGGAAAUCGGUGUUUUAAUAAACAACGUCGGGAUGAGUUACCCCCAUCCUGAGUAUUUCCUCGACUUGAAAAACAAAGACGAGGUUUACAAUAACAUAAUCAAUUGCAACGUUUACUCCGUGACGAAUAUGUGCAAAAUUGUCUUACCUGGAAUGGUCGAGCGGCGUCGUGGGGUUGUGGUAAACUUGUCUUCCACUGCAGCCCAAAUCCCCAGCCCCCUUUUGACGGUUUACGCCGCGAGUAAAGCCUACGUUGAGAAAUUCUCCCAGGACUUGAAUUCCGAAUACUCCAAAUUUGGGGUAACCAUCCAGUGUAUUCUCCCAGGAUAUGUUGCAACAAACAUGUCGAAGAUACGAACCUCGACGUGGAUGGCCCCCUCGCCGCUGAAAUUCGUCAAGGAGGCUAUGAAAACCAUCGGGGUUUUGGAGCGCACGACUGGUUACUACCCCCAUACGCUGCUCGUGGGGGUGAUUCACAGUCUGGAGGCGGUGUCUCCACGACUUUCCAGAUGGUUGGUCAUCAGGACCAUGGAGAAUAUCCGAGCGCGUGCAUUGAAACGACUUAACCGUUGAUUUUCUGUUGAUUAUUUAUUUAAUAAAGUUGGGUUUUAAAUGAAA